CUACAGAUUUGGAUGAAUGAAUUGACAUCUCCUUUGAAGUUUUCUUCUCAGUUGAUCAAAUUUAUUGUAAAUUUCCGCAUGCAUUUUUCAAAAUUCUUAAUAUAUUUUUAUCUGAUUGUUCCUCACACUGUAAUGCUUUUUUAGCGGGAGGUCAAAAGAGAACUGAUUUGAGAAAUUCAAGGAAUAGUCAUUAGAGUCUGAAACUGCUCAUCGCGUACAGCUUCUGAAUUCCAAUUUCCUCAGAAAUCACGCGCAUACGGUGUUUGCAUACAGAGUUCAGAGUCCCGAGUACUUCAUCUGUCCAACUGGAAAGUUCGAAAAUUUGAAGGUAGCUGAAACUCAAAAUCGAAAUCGGAAGUCAGAGGAUUGAACAUUAGUGUAAAGAUGAUAAAUUAAAAUUAGAGAGAUUUUUGUGGUUUUUGCGCUUAUGAAUUUGUGAUUGCAGAAGAAUUUGAAGAACUUCAUGGAGUUUUUUCUCGGUAGCAGUAAUAAUAUGCAAGCUUCCAAUGUUCAUUCCUUCGACGGCAAUGUUUCGCCGAUCAACGCUCAGAACUUCAUAGGACGAGGCCGUUUCUAUCCUGGAUCAAAAACUACGAUCCUCGAUCCUUACUCUUCUUCAGAUAGUAGUGGUAGUUCUUCCAAUAAAGUCUCUCCGCUAGCCCGAUACCUUUGUCCAAGCUCGCCGGUGCCUUUUAUUAGCGAUUCUCCAAAGCACCGUUCUCUGGUCAGUACUAGCAGCGGAAGCAGAAGCGGCUCCGGCGGUGGAGUUCCCCGUUCGCCUCUAGCUUCAGUAGAGAACUUUCAGAUUCCGCUUAUGUUCAGAACUCCAGUGAAGGUCGAAGAGGAUGUGGUAGUCAUGGACGGUAUUCUGGUUGAGGCGAAACAUGGUCCGAGAGCUAAUAAAUUGUCACCGUCGACAUCAGAUUCAGGUGGACGGUUGUCUUCGUCGACACCGGCAAACGACAAUAGCUUUCAUAAAUCGGAAACUUGUCGGUGGUGGGAGGAUUCCGGCACUUGCCGCUUUGGUUCCAAAUGCCGGUUUGUACACGGGAAAGAAGAUUUACGCUCAACUGCUUUCGCCAACAGAAAUCAAUCUGAGGCACUGCUCUGCAGAUCAUACACUUCAGGACCAUCUUCUUAUGGACCACGGGGCCGAUCUGUUCAUCAGCAGGUCCACUCAGCCGCGUCUCCAGCAAAAGCAGCAAAAAUGUCCACCCCAACCACGACUUCUACUACUACUCUUAAAGUGUUUACUAAAGACAAAGAUCCCUCAAGCAGCGACAGUAGCACCUCUUCCACCCCCACCAGUAAUAUCUCUUCCACUGACUGGUGUCCCCUGGAUGACAAUAUCGAGGUUACCUUGCCUUCUUCCGGUGAAAAGUGUGCUUCCAGGGAAGAUGUUAAUGCUCAUAUACAGACUGUUCUCUAUGGCCCUUCUGGAAGAAAGAGAUUGCUGGCAUGCAUUGACUUAGUUGAGGAGUAGAUAGCCAUAUUAACAAGUCUCAGUUCAACCCAUCAAUUCUCAAUAAAGUUUUCAUAGGAGUGGGCUCAUGAAUAGGGAAAAGUAGAUGGAAGACCAUUUUUAUGGAUGCAAGCAAAGAAUUUUCAUUGGAUAAAGGAUGUUUGGCAUCAUCCACCUUCCAAUAUAUAAGAUGUCAAUCAUGCUUGGCCAUUAGAAUUCUGAAAUAGAACUUCAAUUUGAAUUUUGGGAUUUAAAAAUAUCAAAAAGAUUUUCUGACUUUUUCAUUUCAAA